AUGACGGCUAUUGAAAAGACAGAUGAGCAGAAGCUCGCUGUUCAGAAAGCUGUUGAUGACUUGACUGCCGCAUCCCAAAGAUAUAUGAUUGAUAGUGCUGGGGAUGAGGUAAAGGUUGACCUCCAGGCGAAGGCAUCAAGUCUGGUUCAAACACUACGGGGCCCUCUUCUGUCGGCCUUGACGCACUUUGAGGAUAUCGUCAAAAUGGCAUCUCUAAGAGCACUCCUUGAGGCAGGGGUUUUCGAUGCCAUACCUAAAGGAGGGGACACGAUGACCGCCAGCGAGAUAUCUUCACGCACUGGCCUCGACAAAGGCAUUCUCAUACGUUUGAUGCGCGCUGUGACUCCCUCAGGCCCGUUCCGCGAGGUGGGUGAAGAAGAGUAUGCCCACACCGUUUUCUCUGAAGCAUACUUGACAGCAGAUAUUGGUGGCUGCUUUCCGGUAAUGUCGGACUUCAUUUUUGCGCCAAUCUUGCAAAUCUGCGAGUUUCUUCGUCAAAACGAUUGGAAGGAUAAAAUCACGACGCGAAAUAAUCCAUUCACCAUGGUACAUAAUUGUCCAGGACAGACUAUGUUCGAGUACCUGUAUAAGAAUCCAAACCAUGUUCCUCGCGUCACCAAGGCGGAAGCGGCAGACCCGGACAAGAUCGCCAUGGAUUUAUAUCCUUGGGAGAACACCAUUGGCGCUGUCUCGCCCAACGACUGUAUUGCCAUUGUCGAUAUAGCAGGCAGCCAUGGCAAUGCACUGAGGCAAAUCCAAAAGAAUGUACCUGGGCUGAAAGGACGUCUAGUGCUACAAGAUCUGAACCCAGUCAUUCUCGAACAUAGCGAAUCUUUGCGCACCGACGGUAUUGAAUCCAUGUCUUAUGAUUUCCUGCAAGGGACACAGCCGAUUCACGGGGCCUUGAUCUAUUAUUUCCGACGCGUUUUCCACGACUGGCCAGAUUAUCCGGAAGGAAAUCAGAUUCUACAGAACACAGCGGCUUCAAUGGACCGUGAUCGGUCUAGAAUCCUGAUUCAUGAUAUCAUUGUGCCGGAGGUUGGAGCUACAAUGACUCACGCUUGGCAGGAUCUUAGUCUAUUGGCAAUCGGAGGCGUUGAACGUACAGAGAAGAAUUUUUCUCGUCUGCUCGAUAGUGCCGGUUUGGUGCUUGUAAAGAUUUGGAGAAAGCCAGGAGAAAUCAUGGGCAUUGUCGAGGCUCGGCUGAAAUGA